AUUGCGGUGGUUGUCCGCUUUGACUUGCUUGUGAUGAUGCUUCGCCUGUAGCACAGAGAAGCCACCGAGGGCAGUCCCAUUAGAUUCGGGAGAAACUCGACAAGGACAACGCUCCAAAAUGUCGACCGCAGAAGAACAAUACGUCGUCGCAAAAUACGAUUACACGGCGCAAGGAUCCCAAGAACUGGACCUUCGGAAAGGAGACAAGCUGCUGCUUCUGGACGAUUCUAAGCAUUGGUGGAAGGUGCAGAACUCUCGGGGACAGGCAGGCUUCGUGCCCUCGAACUACGUCAAACGCGAGAAACCAUCUCUGUUCGACAGUAUUCGAAGACGCGUGGCUAAAGACAAGGACAAGGAGAAGUCUCCGAGAUCCCGGCCCAGUCCCCCAGGAACUGCAAAUAAUGGCGGUGCGCAUGGGACUCAUAUUAUUGGUAUCGAGGAGGCGUCAAAUCCUGUAGGCUUUGCAACCGUUAGGUACAAUUACGACGCUAAACAGUCGGAUGAGAUAUCUCUCGUCAAGGGUCAGCGAGUGGCCGUACUCGAAAAAUCGUCUGACGGGUGGUGGCGAGGGGAACAUCAGGGUCGCUUAGGAUGGUUCCCUUCGAACUAUGUGAACCUCGUCGGAGAAGAGGGCAAACAAGGCAGCGUCGGCACGGCUAAAACGAACAGCGCGACACUCGAAGCUCCAUACGUAAACAUCGCGGGGCAAGAGGACGGAUACGUGAACGUGAGCCAAGUGGGCGUCAAUAGCGCCCCGGUCCUCGAUGUUGUCGUCGCUCUCUAUUCAUUCCAGGCUCAAAAUGAAGAAGAGCUCUCGUUCUCUAAGGGUGAACGCCUCGACAUCAUCGAUAAACCCACAGAAGACCCUGACUGGUGGUUGGCAAUCAAUUCAACCGGCCAAUCAGGACUAGUACCCAAAAACUAUGUUCAACUCGAGCAGGGCUCAAAUGCUCAGAACGGUGCUGUGGCUGAUACCCAACAACCGUGGUACUAUGGUCAAAUAACUCGCAACGAAUGUGAUGCUCUUCUAAACCAAUUCGGAAUCGAUGGAGACUUCCUCGUCAGGGUGUCCGAAACAAAUGUAGGCGAUCUUUCCGUUUCCAUGAAGGCUCCCGGAAGGAACAAGCACUUCAAAGUGCACGUCGAGGGCAACACCUACCGGAUAGGUCAACGCAAAUUCGGCACCCUCACGGAUCUGGUAGAACAUUAUAAGAAAUCUCCUAUCUACACCAGUCCACAAGGGGACAAACUGUACCUCAUCAAGGCGCUCAAAAGGCCGUAAUGCUCUAUCAGAUAGGAUCAGCAACGAGAAAGGAAGUUCAAUCGCCUCGCAAUCGGACCCGCGAUCGCCACCCAUCUCCGUAUUAUUGGCAUCAAAAUGACGACUGACCGUACACAUGAAGUCACUGGGGAUUCUGUUUUGUUGUGCUAUGCGGUUUCUGUGUCUGUUUGGAAGUUUGUUGUGCUGAAGAGAGCACUCGCUCCGAUGCGACGCCAUAGAUGCACCAGCUCCAGAAAUGGAGAAGGAUACUUUCGUUUGAGAAUCGAACGGAGCGGUCCCCCGCCCUCAAGCAAAAGGAACUAGAGAUCUAGGAGUGUACAUAUUCCC